AUGAAGGUUAUGAACUUUUCUUGUGGCAUAACAAAACCCAAUUUUCAGUUUUCUCAAACAGAAAUGCCAAUUUUAACAUUUGGUCAUUCUAAGUUGACUGCUACCCUAGCUUUUCAAUUGCCAUGUAUUUGUGUUAGGAAGAUGAGGUUGAUUACAAAGCUUCAGUGUUCUGUUGCUGAUAUGACGUAUAGUUCCAGUACCGGUGGUUCGCGGGGGCCUAAUCGGGACUCUGGCGAAAUUCAAAGGAGACGGGGAGGUCCGUAUGUUGGUUACAUUCGUCCUAGUUUAUAUGAAAUGAAGAAAGAUAAGGCGACGUUGCGUGAUAAUGUUUAUGAGUUCUUGCGAGGAAUUGGCAUUGUUCCCGAUGAGCUUGAUGGUCUUGAACUUCCUGUUACGGUUGAUGUUAUGAAGGAGCGUGUGGAUUUUCUUCAUAACUUGGGACUUACGAUUGAAGACAUUAACAACUAUCCUCUUGUUCUUGGUUGCAGCGUUAAGAAGAACAUGGUGCCUGUGCUUGAUUACCUCGGUAAAUUGGGAGUUAGGAAAUCCACGUUAACGAAGUUUUUGCAGAGAUAUCCGCAAGUGCUUCAUGCUAGUGUGGUUGUGGAUCUUGUGCCGGUGGUUAAUUAUCUUCAAGGGAUGGAUAUCAAACCCGCUGAUAUUCCUCGUGUUCUCGAGAGGUAUCCAGAGGUGCUUGGGUUCAAACUUGAGGGAACUAUGAGCACAUCAGUUGCUUAUUUGAUCGGAAUUGGUGUUGGAAGAAGAGAACUCGGAGGCAUCUUAACUAGAUACCCGGAGAUUUUGGGAAUGAGGGUUGGUAGAGUUAUCAAGCCUUUUGUGGAGUAUCUAGAAAGCUUGGGUAUUCCAAGGCUAGCCAUUGCUAGACUGAUAGAGACACAACCUUAUAUUCUUGGAUUCGAUCUCGACGAGAAGGUGAAGCCAAACGUCAAAUCCCUUGAAGAGUUUAAUGUUCGGCGAACAUCAAUUCCCUCGAUAAUCGCUCAAUAUCCUGUCAUCAUUGGAGCCGACCUAGAGCCAAAGCUUGCCAAUAAGAAAAGCGUUCUCAAUUCUGUACUUGAUUUGGAUCCCGAGGAUUUCGGCUUAAUCAUCGAGAAAAUGCCGCAGGUAGUAAGCCUCAGUAAUACACCUAUGCUAAAGCAUGUUGAUUUUCUUAAGGAAUGCGGAUUUUCUGCGAUGCAAAUGAAGAAGAUGAUUGUCGGGUGCCCUCAACUACUUGCUUUAAACAUUGAUAUCAUGAAACUAGGCUUUGAUUACUCCCAAAGCGUGAUGGAACGGCCUUUGGAAGACUUGGUUGAAUUCCCAGCAUUUUUCACUUAUGGUUUGGAGUCAACUAUAAAACCUAGGCAUAACAUGGUCGCAAAGAAAGGAUUGAAGUGUUCGCUGGCAUGGAUGCUUAAUUGUUCUGAUGAGAAGUUUGAGCAACGGAUGGAUUAUGACACUAUUGACAUGGAUGAGAUGGAAAUGAAACCAUCGUUUGACAUGAAUUCUUUGACGCAACCAAGGAAUGAUGAAUCGGAAUCUGAUUAUGAAUACAGUGACUCUGAUGAUGAUGAGUAA